AUCUUCGUCAAUUCACUCAACCUCUGAGCGCAAAGAUGCCGUCCUUCGAAGUCCAGCGUUGCACCGAAGCAGAUAUCCCUCGCUUUUUCGAAAUCGUCUCUCUGGCCUUCGCCAACGAUCACGAAUAUGUGGACGCUGUGUUUCCCGCGCACACUACCCCAGCCGGGCGCAAGAUAGGAAGCGAGCGCAUGCUCCAACUAUUUCAUGGCGACCCCAACGGCAACUUCCUCAAAGUCGUCGACAAUGACACCGGCAAGAUAGUUGCAGCGGCGAAGUGGAACUUGUACAAGGGCGGCGAGAUUCCCCCGCAGCCACAGCUAGAGGGUGAUUAUUGGGAGAACGAAGAGGACAAGGAGUUUGCGCAGUGUAUUUUCCACGCGUUUUUCGCCCCCAGGCAGCGCGUUAUCGAAGAGACAGGCGGUCGCUUGGCUGCACUCGACAUGCUCAUGGUUGACCCGGCUUAUCAAAACAAAGGUGCUGGUAGAUUGUUGGUGAAGUGGGGCCUUGCCGCGGCUAAUGAGAUGGGUGUGGACGCUGUCGUUGAAGGUUCAGACCGGGGUCGAAAGCUGUACGCAUCAGAGGGUUUUGACGGCCCAUAUUACGUGUGCCCUGUGCCCGAGAAGUUUGCCUCACGACGCAAACAGACGUACUGGUGGAUGAGGCGCCCAGCGCAGACCAAGGCAUGA